GUCCCGACCGUGCCUACCUGGCUCCACGCCCUCCCGCAGGACACGCCUCUCUGCGCAGGGGGCUCAGCCCGGAUCAUUCAUCAGCUGGUCGGACACCAUGCAGAGGGGCGAGAAGAUGCGGGAGCUGAGCGGGACCACGGCCGACACCGGGUCCGGCUCCGGGUCCGGGUCUGACGAACUGGUCUUCUUUGUAAACGGGAAGAAGAUUGUUGAGAGAAACGCAGAUCCUGAGAUGACCCUGCUGGUGUAUCUGAGGAGGAAACUGGGUUUAACAGGAACUAAGCUGGGCUGCGCUGAGGGCGGCUGUGGAGCCUGUACCGUCAUGCUGUCCAGAUACCAACCACACACUCAGCAGCUGCUUCACUACGCCGUCAACGCCUGUCUCGCCCCCGUCUGCUCCCUGCACCUUGUCGCCGUGACGACUGUGGAAGGCAUCGGCAGCGUGGCUAGAAAACUACAUCCUGUCCAGGAGCGAAUAGCAAAGGCUCACGGCUCUCAGUGUGGUUUCUGUACUCCGGGGAUCGUCAUGUCCAUGUAUGCUCUGCUGAGAAACAACCCCACACCCAAAAUGGCCGACGUGGAGGAGGCCUUCCACGGAAAUCUGUGUCGUUGCACCGGAUACAGGCCCAUACUGGAGGGAUACAAGACUUUCACUGUGGAGGGGGGAUGCUGUGGUGGCAGAGGGCGGGAGAACGGCUGCUGCAUGGCCAAUGGGAACGGAGCUGAGAAAAGCUCAGAGGAACACAGUGAUGAAGCAAAGUCCCUGUUUAAUGCAGCAGACUUUGCGCCCCUUGAUCCCACACAGGAGGUCAUCUUCCCUCCUGAACUCAUGUCUCUCACCAAAGGUCAAGGGUCGGGCUCGCUGUGUUUCCGUGGUGACAGAGCGGUGUGGCUUCAGCCUGACAGUCUGGACGAUUUUCUGCGUCUGAAAUGGGAACAUCCAGACGCCCGAGUGGUGGUGGGAAACACUGAAGUGGGUAUCGAGGUGAAGUUUAAGAACAUGGUGUACCCGGUCAUCUUGGCUCCAGCCUUCAUCCCCGAACUGAACACAGUGACACGCACUCAGGAUGGUGUAGUGUUUGGUGCAGCGUGCACGCUCAGCCACAUGGGGGCGGUGCUCAAGGAGGCGGUGAAGACUCUUCCUCCUCAUCAGGCUGAAGUCUUCCUCGCUGUGCUGGAACAGCUGCGCUGGUUUGCUGGACUGCAGAUACGCAACGUAGCGGCUGUUGGUGGGAACAUCAUGACAGCCAGCCCCAUAUCAGACCUCAACCCUGUUUUUAUGGCAGCGGGCUGCAAACUCACACUGAUGGACAAGGAUGGCAGCCGUGUGGUUCGGAUGGACGACAGUUUCUUCACAGGUUACAGGAAGACGAUUCUGCGACCGCAGGAGAUCCUGCUGUCCAUAGAGAUCCCAUACAGCAAGAAGACUCAGUUCGUCUCCGCCUUCAAACAGUCUCCUCGCCGGGAGGAUGACAUCAGCAUCGUCACCGCUGCGAUGAGCGUCACCCUCAUUCCUGGGACUGACGUCGUCGAAGACUUGAGGAUGAGCUACGGUGGCAUGGCAGCAACCACGGUGCUGGCGAAGAAGACGGCGAACAGACUGCUGGGAAGGCGGUGGGGGGAGGAGCUUCUGCAGGAGGCUUGCUCCUCAUUGGCUGAGGAGAUGACCCUGGACCCCUCUGCGCCAGGCGGCAUGGUGACAUACCGUCGAACUUUGACCCUCAGCCUCUUCUACAAGUUCUACCUGACGGUGCUGCAGAAGCUCAGAGAGCAGGGUGUGAACGUGGAGGAGGUCGCGUCAGACUGUCUGAGCGCUGCAGAGAUUUAUCAUCCAGUGACUCCAUCCAGUGUUCAGAUCUACCAGGCGGUGCCGGAGGGGCGGAGCCAGGACGACACGGUGGGUCGUCCCAUGAUGCACCUGUCGGCUCUGCAGCAGGCGACAGGCGAGGCAGUUUACUGCGACGACGUGCCGCUGUACGAGAACGAGCUGUACCUGGCGCUCGUCACCAGCAGCAAAGCACACGCUUACAUCCGCUCUAUAGAUACCUCAGCAGCAGAGAGUAUGCCUGGCGUGGUCUGCUGUGUGUUUGCUGAUGACAUCCCCGGUAGUAACUCCACCGGACCUAUCGAAUACGACGAGACCGUCCUCGCCGACCGCCAGGUGAGUUUGUUCGGCCAAUCAGGUGACUCUGCCAGGUUCACGACCGGGUUGAUGAUGUUUCCCUCCUCUCUGCAGGUGACCUGUGUGGGUCACAUCAUCGGCGCCGUGGUGGCCGACACUCAGCUUCACGCUCAGAGAGCCGCCAAAGCUGUCAGGAUCGAGUAUGAAGAGCUGCAGCCGAUUGUCACCAUCCAGGAAGCCAUUGCUGCCCAGUCCUUCUAUCAGCCAAUCAGAACCAUCCAGAAUGGAAACCUGGAGGCGGGGUUUCAACAGGCCCACCACAUCCUGGAGGGUGAGAUGCACAUGGGAGGUCAGGAACAUUUUUACCUGGAGACAAACGUCACUCUGGCUGUUCCCCGAGGAGAAGAUGGAGAGAUGGAGCUCUUCGUUUCUACUCAGUCUGCCUCCAAAACACAAUCUCUGGUGGCGAAGGCGUUGGGCGUCCCUGCUAACAGGGUGGUGGUCCGGGUGAAGAGGAUGGGUGGAGGCUUUGGAGGGAAGGAGAGCCGGACCACCUUAUUGUCCACUGUGGUCGCUGUAGCAGCAAACAAGUUGAAGAGGCCUGUGAGGUGUAUGUUGGACCGAGAAGAGGACAUGCUGAUCACUGGAGGAAGACACCCCUUCUAUGGAAAAUACAAGGUGGGUUUCCUAAACAGCGGAAAGGUCGUGGCUCUGGACGUGUCGUACUACAGUAACACUGGAAACUCCAAGGACCUCUCUCUGUCAGUCCUGGAACGUGCUCUGUUCCACAUGGAGAACACGUACAGCGUGGUGAAUGUGCGCGGACGUGGUUACCUGUGCCGCACAAACCUGCCGUCCAACACGGCCUUCAGGGGCUUCGGAGGGCCGCAAGGCAUGAUGAUCGCUGAGAGCUGGAUCACCGACGUGGCUCAGAGUCUGGGCCGACCAGCUGAGGAGGUGCGGCGGUUGAACCUGUAUGUGGAAGGUGAGUCGACGCCCUUCAAUCAGAUCCUGGAGCAGUUCACCGUGGACCGCUGCUGGGACGAGUGCUUGUCACGAUCUGGAUACCGGGAACGCCGAGCCGCCAUCGAGCUCUACAACAGACAGAACCGCUGGACCAAACGAGGCCUUGCCAUCAUCCCCACCAAGUUUGGCAUCAGCUUCACUGCCACCUUCCUCAACCAGGCUGGAGCUCUGGUUCAUAUCUACACAGACGGCUCGGUGCUGUUGACCCAUGGUGGGACAGAGAUGGGACAGGGACUCCACACCAAGAUGGUCCAGGUUGCCAGCAGGGUUCUGGGUAUCCCCUGUUCAAAGAUCCACAUCUCAGAGACCAGUACCAACACAGUCCCCAACACCAGUCCCACCGCCGCCUCUGCCUCCUCAGACCUCAAUGGAGCCGCCAUACAGAACGCCUGCCAGAUCCUCGUGAAACGCCUGGAACCGUACAAGACCAAGAACCCCAAAGGAUCAUGGGAGGACUGGGUGAAAGCAGCGUAUUUCGACAGAGUCAACCUCAGUGCGAACGGCUUUUACAAGACUCCAGAUCUCGGUUACGACUUUGACACAAACUCGGGCCGAGCGUUCAACUACUUCACCUACGGAGUUGCCUGUUCAGAGGUGGAGAUCGACUGUCUGACUGGAGCUCACAAGAACCUGAGUACCACCAUAGUGAUGGACGUCGGUCACAGCCUCAACCCAGCCAUCGACAUCGGACAGGUGGAGGGGGCGUUCAUGCAGGGUCUGGGUCUCUUCACCCUGGAGGAGCUUCAUUAUUCACCCCGGGGCGUCCUCCUCACUCGGGGUCCUGGUUCUUAUAAGAUCCCGGCCUUCGGUGAUAUUCCCAACCAGCUAACCGUCUCGCUGCUCCGCGACGCACCACAUGACAAGGCCAUCUUCGCCUCCAAGGCUGUGGGCGAGCCUCCUCUCUUCCUGGCGGCAUCUGUUUUCUACGCCAUCAAAGAUGCCAUCGCCGCGGCCCGGGCAGAGUCGGGCAUCAGCGGCCCCUUCAGGCUGGACAGCCCCGCCUCCGCAGAGAGGAUCCGCAACGCUUGCAGCGACCGAUUCACCAAACUGUGUCCUCCUGCAGAACCUGGCACCUUCACCCCCUGGUCUGUACAAGUCUAGGACAUCCAACCAGUGAGAGAGAGAAAACUACCGCUGAUGGUCACAGGAGAAUAUUUUAAAACUGCAGAAACAUAACGAGACAUUUUCUACACCAACAUUUCACUAAGUGAUUCCUCCCUGCCGGAUCAGGACCUUCAGUGGCAGUUAAUGAUGCAUUGUUGGUAAAGCGAUGUUAGCCUAAUAACACUUGAAUAAAAAGCAUGCAGUUAGCUGUUUCAUGCUAACUGAAGCUAAUAAGAAGCAGAUGAUUUUCCGUACAGCACAUGAUUUAAAUCUUACACUGUAAAAAAAAUUGUUACAAGAAUCAUACUUCAUUGUUUUGGCUCAUUUCUGCGAGCGUUAAUCAUCAGAUCUGUAAUAAUUGUUUGCUCUGAACUUCAGUUUAUAUUAAGGUGACCAGAUAUCUGAAAUGAAAACUGGGGACAUUUUUGGUUUGGUGGUCAGUAUGUGAUUAAAAAAUAUAACAUUAUAGAAAUAAAAAAGGGGGGCAAUUUUGUUCUUCUGAAUGAAAUC